AUGACUGAAAACAAGGUUGUUGAUGCCUUGUACAGGAAGUUUAAGGAGAUUCAGGAAGAGGGUCCUAAUGAAGACAUGUUAUUCAGCAUAACCUUUCCUAACCCUAAUUGGGUUGAGGACAUCAAGAAGAGUUAUGAUUUAGAUCCAAAGGUGCAGAGCAUAAUUUCUAACCUAUUGGAGAAUGCCGAAGUAUCAAUAGUCACUGACAGGGAUGCUGUGUUUACAAGUUCUUUCUGUCAAGAAUUAUCUACUCUACAGGGUGUGUCUUUGGCUAUUAGUUUAGCCUACCACCCUCAGUCAGAUGGUCAGACAGAAGUUGUUAAAAUGUGCUUAGAGCACUAUUUACGAUGUUUUGUAGGGGAGCAACCUAAAUCAUGGUCUCUAUGGUUAGGUAUGGCUGAGUAUUGGUACAAUACCAAUUACCAUGCUUCUUCAAAGCUUACACCUUUUGAGACUCUAUAUGGCAUAUCACCACGUAGAUUGGUAGAGUACAUACCUGGUACCUCCAGAAACCAGGCUGUUGAAGAUACUCUUCGGUCCAAGGAACAAACUUUGUCUAUGCUUAUGCAUAAUCUGUUGGCAGCAUAG